CUUGCAAGCCGAGCGACCCCCGCGGUCAGCCACCCACACCGUGCGGCCUUAAAGGCUCCACCUUUGAGCGCCGGAGAGAGAGAGAGAGAGAGCGUGACCGGUAUGGCUGACGUAGAGACGGACAGGGACGGCGCCGGGAAGCGGCCGCGGGGCGGCAGAGCGUACGGUCAUGGGCCGGCGGAGGCGGCCGAGAGGGCCUGGACGCCGUGGCUGGUGCCGGUCCUCUUGGUGGCGUUCGUGGCGGUGUUCGUGGUGGAGAUGUACGUCAACAACUGCCCCGAUCACCCCCAACCCUUUGGCCGCUGCGUCGCCCGCUUCCUCCACCGCUUCUCCUUCCAGCCCAUCCGCCAGAACCCUCUCCUCGGGCCCUCCUCCUCCACCUUGGAAAAAAUGGGGGCUCUUCAAUGGAACAAUGUAGUCUAUCAGAAUCAAGGCUGGAGGCUUGUUACGUGUAUUUGGUUACACGCAGGUCUCAUCCAUUUGCUUGCAAAUUUGUUCAGCUUGCUCUUCAUCGGAGUUCGUCUCGAGCAGCAAUUUGGAUUCGUGCGCAUUGGGGUGAUAUAUCUGCUGUCAGGCUUCGGUGGCUCUGUUCUCUCAGCUCUUCUCUUGAUGAAUAACAUCUCCGUCGGUGCUUCCGGGGCUUUGUUUGGACUUCUUGGAGCAAUGUUUUCAGAACUCAUUAUAAAUUGGACAAUCUAUUCCAAUAGGGUUGCAGCCCUAUUAACGCUUUUGGUCAUCAUUAUCAUCAACUUGGGUAUCGGCCUAUUUCCUCAUGUCGAUAACAUUGCGCAUAUUGGAGGGUUCGUAUCAGGUUUCCUCCUGGGUUUUGUCUUAUUAAUCCAGCCUCGGGUUCGAUGGAUGGAACGCGAUGAUCUGCCCCCUUCAGCUCAGGUUACGUCCAAGUACAAAGCAUACCAGUGCGUCUUAUGGGUGAUUGCGUUGCUUUUGCUGAUAGCUGGAUUUGCAAUUAGCUUGGUCAUGCUCUUCAGGGGAGUUAAUGGAAACGACCAUUGCCACUGGUGCCGCUACUUGAAUUGUGUGCCAACGUCAAGGUGGAGCUGUGAGGAUUGAACAACAAUGAGCUUUUGCAAGGAAACAAAGGAUGAGUUUUGGGAAGGCAGUGAAAGUAUCAGAUGUUUUGUUUGCUUGUACUUUAGAUACAGCUGUGAAUAGCUAAAAUGUCAGUUGCCAUAUUGUUUGCUCAUCGAUAAUGCAGAGAAUAUUACUUGUUUUUA